ACAACGUGUCUACCCAUCCUGGACUUGCCGUUGUUUCGUGUUCCCUUCUCAUCACCAAAUGAGCUUCUUCAAAGCAUUCUCAUCCCACGUCACUAUAAAAGAGCUUCACCCUGAGAAGCAUGAUCACCUCCACAUUAAAGAGGAAGAGUCGGAGAUGCCGUACAUCAAACAGGAGGCUGAGCCAGAGACCCCCAACAUUAAAGAAGAAGAACAGGAAGAUGAAAUCACCAAGUUUCCAAUAACUGUUUGUGUGAAGAGUGAAGAAGAUAAAGGUCCAAGCGAAGAGAGCGGAGCAGCGAAACUGUCGCGUGACAGCCCAUUUCAGCACCUGACAACAAAAGGAGAAAGACGAUCGACACCCGUCAGCCAGUUAGCUCCGCUGUCGGACAGCGACGAUGUAACGUCACACUCUUCUGACUUUCACACUGAUGAGGAGGUUAAUGACUUGGACCGAAAUGCUUCAAAAUUCUUAAACAAGCCAUCAUUGAAAAAAGACACAAAAGUGUUUGGGGGACCUUUUACCUGCUGCUUUUGUAAUAAAACAUUUUCUGGGAAAUGGCACUUAAAAAGACACAUGCUUAAACACACCGGGGAGAAGCCGUUUGGUUGCACAUUUUGUGGUAAAAGAUUCACUGACAAGGCAUAUUUGAACGAACACACAAGCGCGCAUACUGGAGAAAAGCCUUUUGUCUGCACAUCUUGUGGUAAAAGAUUUACCCAGAAGAAAGGAUUAAACCAACACAUAAGAACACACUCUGGAGAGCAGCCUUUUAUCUGCACAAACUGUGGUAAACGGUUCGCUGAUAAGGGAGGUUUAAACAAACACACAAUGACACACACUGGAGAGAAACCUUUUGUCUGCACAUAUUGUGGUAAAUGUUUCACUGCUAAGGGAAAUUUAAAGAAACACACAUUAACACACACUGGAGAAAAGCCUUUUCCCUGCUCAGUUUGCCAUAAAAGAUUCUCUCGGAAAGAUUUACUAAAGUAUCACACUAUAACGCACACUGGGGAAAGGCCUUUCUCCUGCACACUAUGCGAUAAAAGAUUUUCUCGCAAGUUUUACUUAACAAAACACUCGCUUACACACACUGGAGAGAAGCCUUUUGUCUGCACAUAUUGUGGUAAAAGGUUCACUGAGAAGGGAAGUUUAACCAAACACACAAUCGCACACACUGGAGAAAAACCUUUUUCCUGCUCAGUUUGCCAUAAAAGAUAUCUCCUAAAACAUCACUUAACAAGACACUCGCUUGCACACACUGGAGAGAAGCCUUUUCCCUGAUCAAUUUGUGUCAUCCGGAAGGAAGAUUUAAACGAUCACACAAGAAAACACAACAAAUUUACUUACGGCUUACUGCUUUUGACAAUUUUACUUCUGAUUAUCUGAAUAGUUUCAUGGAAGAUUUCUUUGUUCGUCUUGUGCAUUGGACCGUAAUUUUCGGACUAUAAGCCGCUACUUUUUCCCCCUCAUUUUGAAUCCUGCGGCUUAUAUUCCUGUGCUGCAUAUUUGUUGAUUUAUUUGGGUUAAUAGGUAAGGUAAUACAGUGCCCUCCAUAAUUAUUGGCACCCCUGGUUAAGAUGUUUUUUAGCUUCUAAUAUUUUUUUUAAAUUCAAAUAAUAUGGGACUUUAAUGGAAAAAAAAAAAUCCAGCUAUUAAUAGAAGUGCAUUUAUUCAGUGGGGGAAAAAUCCCACAUAAAGAAUUAUUUGACAUCAAAUGUGUGUCACAAUUAUUAGCACCCCUGGUGUUAAUACUUUGUACAACCCCCUUUUGCCAACAAAACAAGGUCUGGGGACUGAGAUGGCCAUGGGAGGAGCUUGAUUUUUUUGUCUGGUGAACCAUUUCUGUGUAGAUUUGGCCAUAUGUUUAGGGUCAUUGUCUUGCUGAAAGACCCAGUGACGACCCAUCUUCAGCUUUCGGGCAGAGGGCAACAGAUUUUGAUUUAAAAUGUCCUGGUAUUUCAAAGGAUUCAUGAUGCCAUGCACCCUAACAAGGUUCCCAGUAGGCAUGUGCCGGUAUGAGAUUUUGACGGUACGAUAACCGUGGACAAAAAUACCGCGGUUUCACGGUAUUGCAAUUAUAGCUCCAAAAUGUGUUAUUUUGAGAUGUAUGGGUUAAAAAAAUAUAUUUUUCCAUUGAACAGGAUUAAAAAAAAAAAAUUCAGGACAUAGUUGCAAAUUGGAACAUGAAUAUAUUGUUGAAAUGAAUUAUCAAUAAAAAAAACAAAUAUUUUAAAGAAAAUUAAAAUAAAUAUAACUUGUAGACUAUACCCACAGCCACAGCUCAAGUUGCUCAAGAUUAGAGCAAGAACAAAAUAAUUUCUAUAAAAAAUUAAUAACACUUCUGAAUAAUUUUUUUUUAAAAUUCUACUGCAUGAC